AUGCUGGUCAUCUUGCUAAACUGUGUCACCCUCGGGAUGUUCCAACCGUGUCAGGACAACAGCACAUGCAAGUCAGAGAGGUGCACCAUCUUGGAGGCAUUUGACCAUUUCAUCUUCGCCUUCUUUGCCGUGGAGAUGGUCAUCAAGAUGAUUGCACUGGGGAUCUUUGGACAGAAGUGCUACCUGGGGGACACUUGGAACCGCCUGGAUUUCUUCAUCGUAAUUGCUGGCAUGAUGGAAUAUUCUUUGGACGGCCACAAUGUCAGCUUAUCCGCCAUCCGUACCGUCCGGGUACUCAGGCCUUUACGAGCCAUUAACAGGGUGCCAAGUAUGCGCAUACUCGUCACCCUGCUGCUAGAUACUCUGCCUAUGUUAGGCAACGUUCUUCUCUUAUGCUUCUUCGUCUUUUUCAUAUUUGGGAUUGUCGGGGUGCAGCUCUGGGCUGGGCUGCUGAGGAACAGAUGCUUUCUAGACACCAAUUUUCAAAUGACAUACAACUUGACUUUCCUGCAGCCGUAUUAUCGGACAGAGGAAGGGGAAGAGAAUCCGUUCAUCUGUUCAUCCCACCGGGACAAUGGCAUGCAGAAAUGUUCCAGCAUCCCCAACCGGAAGGAGUACAAGGUGGAAUGUACUUUGAGCAUGGACUCGUACAACCCAAAUUCGUACACGCUGGAUUUCAGCCACCGGAACACCUGCAUAAACUGGAACCAGUAUUACAAUAUUUGCAAGGCAGGGGAUUUCAACCCGCACAAUGGAGCUAUUAAUUUUGAUAAUAUUGGCUACGCUUGGAUAGCUAUUUUUCAGGUUAUCACCCUGGAAGGAUGGGUUGACAUCAUGUACUAUGUCAUGGAUGCGCACUCUUUUUACAAUUUUAUAUAUUUUAUACUCCUUAUAAUAGUUGGUUCUUUCUUCAUGAUUAACUUGUGCCUGGUUGUGAUAGCAACACAGUUUUCUGAAACAAAACAGCGGGAGAAUCAGCUCAUGCAAGAGCAGCGGGCCCGCUACCUCUCAAACGACAGCACAAUCGCCAGCUUCUCUGAGCCGGGGAGCUGCUACGAGGAACUCCUUAAGUACAUUUGCCACAUUUUCAGGAAAGUCAAACGGCGGACUUUGCGCCUCUAUAACAACUGGCAGAGCAAGCGGCGGAAAAAGGUGAACCCCAACAGCGGUGCCAAUGGACAAGGCCACCGAAGCAAAAAGCGCAUCACUUCCAUCCACCACCUAAUCCACCAUCACCACCACCACCACCAUCACCACUACCACAUCAGCAACGGAAGCCCCCAAGGUCUGCGCUCAAAUCCUGAGAUCUGCGACCUGGAGUUGAAAGUCAUGAAACCCGGAAGCCAACUCAUGCUUCCGCCAUCAUCCCCCAACCUCCGGAGCUCCCCAGCUCCAGACUCGGAGUCUGUCCACAGCAUUUACCAUGCAGACUGCCACGUGGAAGGGGCCCAGAUGAAAUGCAAGUCUUCCAACGUCUCGGCAAGCAUCAAGCUCACCAACCGCAGCAACAUGAACUACCCAACCAUCUUGCCUUCUCCCGCUAGUAAGGUUGGGGUUGCGCCAGUGUCGAAAGGGAAGAAAAAUGGCAGUGGUGGCAGUGACACUCCUGUGGCCAUGGUCAAUAGCCCAGUGCACUUGAACGUGGAUUCUUAUGGAAAGCUCCAUCACUUGGUUGGAGAACAUGGUCUUUGCCGGACAUCCAGCAGGCUCUCUGGCUUGAACGUGCCGUGCCCCUUACCCAGCCCUCAAGCCAGCAUGCUGAACUGUGAGCUCCAGAACUGCCCUUAUUGUGCCAGCAUCUUGGAGGACCCCGAGUUCGAGUUCAGCGAGUCGGACAGCUACGAGUCUGAUGAUGACAACACAGGGGUUUACGAGUUCACCCAGGAUGUGAAGCACGGGGACCAGAGAGACCAAAUCCAGCAGCAGAGGAACAAGAAGAAGAAAAAGAAGAAGAAGAAACCAAAGGAGAGGAACAGAGUCUCCCGGCUUUGGAAGGCCUUUGGCAACAAGUUGAAGAGGAUUGUGGAGAGCAAGUACUUCAACCGCGGGAUCAUGAUUGCCAUCUUAAUCAACACGUUGAGCAUGGGCAUCGAGUAUCAUGAGCAGCCAGAUGAGCUGACCAACGCUCUGGAGAUCAGCAACAUUGUCUUUACCAGCAUGUUUGCAUUGGAGAUGCUCCUCAAACUGAUGGCCUUUGGCAUCUGGGGCUACAUCAAGAAUCCCUACAACAUUUUUGACGGCAUCAUUGUUGUGAUAAGUGUCUGGGAGAUCAUCGGCCAAUCGGAUGGAGGCCUUUCCGUGCUGAGAACCUUCCGACUCCUCAGGGUCCUCAAGCUCGUGAGGUUCAUGCCAGCUCUCCGGCGCCAGCUGGUGGUCCUGAUGAAGACAAUGGACAAUGUAGCCACCUUCUGCAUGCUGCUCAUGCUCUUCAUAUUCAUCUUCAGCAUUCUUGGUAUGCAUCUCUUUGGGUGCAAGUUUGGCUUGAAAACAGAUACAGGGGACACCAUCCCAGACAGAAAGAACUUUGAUUCCCUGCUGUGGGCUAUCGUCACGGUCUUUCAGAUCCUCACUCAAGAAGACUGGAAUGUGGUGUUAUAUAACGGGAUGGCCUCCACAUCCUCCUGGGCAGCCCUCUAUUUCGUGGCCCUGAUGACCUUCGGCAAUUAUGUGCUCUUCAACCUCUUGGUCGCUAUCCUGGUGGAAGGUUUCCAAGCGGAGGGUGACGCCAAUCGGUCCGAAACUGACGAGGACAAAACGUCAACCAACUUUGAAGAGGAUUUUGAGAAGCUGAAAGAACUGCGGGCUUCUGAGAUGAAGAUGUAUUCCCUAGCAGUCACACCCAAUGGCCACCUGGAGGGCAAAGGGAGCAUGCCCCCUCCAAUCAUCAUGCGCACUGCUGCCACUCCCAUGCCCACCCCAAAGUGUUCCCCACACAUGGAUGCUGUUCACCCUUUUGUGGAUUCCAGAAGAGGCAGCAAUGUAUCACUCGACCCUCUGAGCUUCGACCAAAAGUCCUUGUCCAGCCUUCGCAGUUCCCCAUGCGCCAACUGGGGCAGCCGCCGUUCCAGCUGGAACAGUUUAGGGCGUGCACCAAGCCUCAAGAAGAAGAGCCAGUCUGGGGAGCGCGAGUCCUUGCUUUCUGGGGAAGGGAAAGGCAGCACUGACGACGAAUCGGAGGACACUAAACUCAGCGCGGUCAGCCGGCCUCCCUUGCACCGCCGAGCAGACUCCCUGGAUUGCCGGGGAGGCUUGGACCUGCCAGAGCUUCUGCAGGUGCCUGGCAUGCGCCAUUCCUUAAGUGUCAGUCCCAUGGCCAUGGUGCCUGCCGAGUACCAGGACUGUAAUGGCAAAAUGGUCCACGUGCCCAGCGAGUUCUACCUGCACAUGGAUGGUCACAAAGAUGAUCCCCUGGACUACGACGACGACCUGGAGGACAGUUACUGCUACCGGAUUCGGAAGACUUUGGAGCCCUUCAAACCUGAGUGGUGCAGGACUCAUGAAGACUGGGCCCUCUACCUGUUUUCUCCGCAGAAUCGGCUUCGGGCCACUUGCCAGAAGGUUAUAGCUCACAAGAUGUUUGACCAUGUGGUUUUGGUCUUCAUCUUUCUGAACUGCAUCACCAUCGCAUUAGAGAGGCCGGAUAUAGAUCCCAACAGUACGGAGCGGAUAUUCUUGAGUGUCUCCAACUACAUCUUCACAGCCAUCUUCGUCGUCGAGAUGAUGGUUAAGGUCGUAGCUCUGGGCUUUUUUUCUGGGGAACACACCUACCUGCAGAGCAGCUGGAACGUCCUGGACGGAGUCCUGGUCUUUGUCUCAAUCAUCGACAUCAUUGUUUCCAUGGCAUCUGCAGGUGGAGCAAAGAUCCUGGGAAUCCUUCGGGUGCUCAGGCUCCUGCGCACCUUAAGGCCCUUAAGAGUCAUUAGCAGAGCGCCAGGGCUGAAGCUCGUGGUGGAGACAUUGAUAUCUUCCCUCCGGCCAAUCGGCAACAUUGUGCUCAUUUGCUGUGCAUUUUUCAUCAUAUUUGGCAUUUUAGGAGUGCAGCUCUUCAAAGGCAAAUUCUACUACUGUGAAGGGACCGACAUCCGGAACAUCUCCACGAAAACCGAUUGCACUAACGCCCACUACCGAUGGGUGAGGCGGAAAUACAACUUUGACAAUUUGGGGCAGGCCCUGAUGUCCUUGUUCGUUUUGUCCUCCAAAGAUGGCUGGGUGAACAUCAUGUACGAUGGCUUGGACGCCGUGGGGAUCGACCAGCAGCCCAGCCAGAACCAUAACCCGUGGAUGCUGCUCUACUUCAUCUCCUUCCUCCUGAUUGUCAGCUUCUUCGUGCUCAACAUGUUUGUUGGGGUGGUGGUGGAGAACUUCCACAAGUGUCGGCAACACCAAGAGGCUGAGGAGGCCCGCCGGCGGGAGGAGAAGCGCUUGCGUCGGCUGGAGAAAAAGCGCAGGAGUAAGGAGAUAUACAUGUCUGAAGCCCAGCGUCGACCCUACUAUGCGGACUACUCGCCUGUGCGGAAGCACAUCCACACCCUCUGCACGAGUCAUUACUUAGAUCUCUUCAUCACAUUCAUCAUUGGUGUCAACGUCAUCACCAUGUCCAUGGAACACUUCAACCAACCCAAGUCUUUGGACGAAGCACUGAAAUAUUGCAACUAUCUAUUCACCAUUGUGUUCGUGGUUGAAGCCGUGUUAAAGCUGGUGGCCUUUGGACUCCGGAGAUUCUUCAAAGACAGGUGGAACCAGCUCGAUCUGGCCAUCGUUCUGUUAUCCAUCAUGGGGAUCACCUUGGAGGAGAUCGAGAUGAACGCUGCCCUCCCCAUCAAUCCAACUAUCAUUCGCAUCAUGCGGGUCCUUCGAAUCGCAAGAGUGCUGAAGCUGCUCAAGAUGGCGACGGGGAUGCGGGCCCUGCUGGACACAGUGGUCCAAGCUCUACCCCAGGUAGGGAACCUGGGUCUGCUUUUUAUGCUCCUGUUUUUUAUCUAUGCUGCCCUGGGAGUGGAGUUAUUUGGAAAGUUAGAUUGCAGUGAAGACAACCCUUGUGAAGGCUUGAGUCGCCAUGCAACCUUCAACAACUUUGGCAUGGCAUUCCUCACCCUCUUCAGAGUGUCCACUGGGGAUAACUGGAACGGGAUCAUGAAGGACACUCUUCGGGAAUGCCACCGAGACGACAAGCACUGCCUCACUUACUUGCCUAUCAUCUCCCCCGUCUAUUUUGUCACCUUCGUCCUCAUUGCUCAGUUCGUCCUGGUCAACGUUGUUGUGGCUGUCCUGAUGAAACAUUUGGAGGAAAGCAACAAGGAAGCCAAAGAGGAUGCCGAGAUGGAUGCUGAGAUCGAGCUGGAGAUGUCCCGGGGAGUCAGCACCCCAGUCAGAACCCCAGAUGGGGGAGGAUACCCCAGCAGCCAAAGCACUUCCAAGCCAGGGUCACCCUUCCUGGUGAAACACCAAGGCCUGGAGGUUCUGAGUUGUGAGAAUGUAUCUCUAGCCAUCCCUGACCUAGACCUGCUGGAGGGAGGGGCAGAUCCCUUGAUGGAGUUUGUGCCCUUCUAUUCUUCUCCUCAUCACUCUGUCCUCCUGACACCUUCCCACAAUGCCCCAGGCGAGGAGGCCAAGGAAGCCGUCACUGGCCUUGGGUCAAAGAGGGACCCCCAGAACCUUUUGACAGUUCGCAAGAUCUCCGUGGCCAGGAUGCACUCCUUACCCAACGACAGCUACAUGUUCCGGCCAGUGAUCCCGGCCAAGGCCCCCUACCCACUCCAUGAAGUGGAGCUGGAGGCCUAUUUACAUAAGUCACCCAGAGGAUCCAUCACUUCUGUUCGUUCCCAGCCAGCGGGAACGUGUUCUUCUCUGUCUGUUCCCCAGGAGGCCCUUCACCCAACAACCCCCCCUCCAUAUCAUGACAAAGGGGGUCUAUGGAAGCUUCAUCCCCCACAUGCUCCAUCUCGGUCCCCCAGUCUCAACAGGCUGCUGUGUAGACAGGAGGCUGUUCAAAGGGAUUCUUUGGAUGGUCAGAACACUGAUCCCAAGGACGGCAAGCCAGCCGAGACCAGUCAGAACCCACCACCAAAGAAGCUAUCCCAGAGCACGCUGGGCCCACCUCUGUUCCACCCAGCCCCUGUUUCCCUGCCUGGGACUCCCCCGCUUCCACCUGCUUCACCCCACAGGCCCUCGAGUGUCUGUACCCUCAAGCACACAUUCAGCCAGCACAGUAUUCCAAGCAGGCCUUCCAGUCGCAACAGCAACCCCGACAGCUUUCUCUUUGAAUCCUCAGACCUGGCUGACGAAGAAGUCAGCCACAUCAACAGUUCAGCAAGAGACUGGGCGCAUCGGCGAGACAGUGGGGAUCUGUCUGAUUCUCCUUUCCUCUCACCUCCUUUGUCACCAUUCCCCCUGAAGAACUGCAGCACAACCAGCCUGACUGGGGGAAAUGGUAAAGAGAAAGACUUGAAGAAGUUCUACAGCGUUGACACACGAGGAUUCUUGGCCAAGCCAAGCUGGACAGAUGACCAAAGAAGACACUCCAUUGAAAUCUGCCUGUCCACCAACGAUGGAGAUCGUAGCAUCAUGGAGUCCCCUGAGGAGAAGAAAAGAUUUCCUCUCCACAUGGAGUCUGAGUACAUCCACGGGGUGCGGCGGAAGAAGAAAAUGAGCCCGCCUUGCAUUUCUAUAGAUCCUCCCAUGGAGGAAGAAAGCAACGCAUCUACACGAACCAAAGUGUCAGAGAACAGCCUUCUGAGGAGAAGGACUCCAUCGUGUGAGUCCACCGCUUACAGGGACUCUUUAGAACUUGCCGAAAACCAACAAGGAGAGCAGGUGGCCAAGGGAGAACGCUGGGCCCCACCUGCCUGCCUAGGCGAACACUUGACAAUCCCGAACUUCUCUUAUGAACAGCCCGAUGUUGGCGCUGCAAGUAGUCUCUCAGACCGCCUCUUGGACAGUGGCCCUGCUGCUCUUCUCUCUGCAGAUUCCCAGUCUGAAGACACUGCAGUGCCCAAGCUGAAAAAGACGGACCAUUUGAAAACUCAGUGUACCGACCCCAAGAGGAACCGAGAACUUCUCGGUGGGACAAAAAGCCCUCUACAGAAGCACGGACCAGUCCCUGCAAUCUCUGCAACAGAUGAACAAGUUGAUGAACCAGUAUAG